AUGACCGGGACUGAAACAUUUCUAGUGAAAUGCGAACCGCUAUCCGAUGACGAAGAAACAAGUUCGCAAUUUGCAAAAAGCUAUUUUACUACGCUUGCGUCAUCAGAGUAUCCCAUCAAAUUCGAACGAAUAUCGCAAGCCGAUGAAAAUGUCUCGUCGAGUCUAUUACACCAUUUGCAGCAUGGAUUGGAGGAGCUCGCGCCCGCGCCAGCCGGCCCCGCCGCCACGCCGGUGCGCGAGCAGCUAUCUGCGCCCUACGAGACCUCGCUCGCUACCCUCGAGCCUGCAGUCGACCAUGAUGUGGGAACAUCCCUCAUUAGUAGGCACAUGGAAAUGAUGAAUGAAGUUGCGGACUCUUCGGAGUUCGUGCCAUUGAUGAUCAAAGAUGAGCCCAAUUCUGAAGGUGAGCAACAUCACUUAAGCGGUGACGACACCAGCGACUCAAACGGACCAUCACAAGAAACAUUCAGCCGUUCAAGUCCCAAAAGCUGGACCCAAGAAGAUAUGGAUAAAGCUUUGGAAGCUCUGAGGAAACAUAACAUGAGUCUUACUAAGGCAUCAGCAACUUAUGGCAUCCCAUCAACAACUCUAUGGCAGCGGGCGCACAGACUGGGCAUCGACACGCCGAAGAAGGAAGGCGCGUCCAAGUCCUGGAGCGACGCCGACCUCAAGGGCGCCCUGCACGCGCUCCGCGCCGGCGCCAUAUCCGCUAACAAAGCUAGCAAGGCUUAUGGCAUCCCGAGCAGCACGCUGUACAAGAUAGCGCGGCGCGAGGGCAUCCGGCUGGCGGCGCCGUUCAACGCGGCGCCGACGGCGUGGCGCCGUGCCGACCUCGAGCGCGCGCUGGCCGCCAUCCGCGCCGGCGCCGCCUCCGUGCAGCGCGCCGCGCACCAGUACGGCAUACCCACCGGCACCCUUUACGGUAGGUGUAAGCGGGAAGGUAUAGAGCUGUCUCGCUCGAACCCCACGCCGUGGUCUGAAGACGCCAUGGAAGAAGCCUUGGAAGCCGUCAGAAUAGGCCAAAUGUCUAUAAACCAGGCGGCGAUACAUUACAACCUGCCGUACUCAUCUCUGUACGGUCGGUUUAAGAGAUGCAAGUUUCAACCAGUACAAACAUUCCAGAGCCAGCCGCCUGCUCCGGACGCGGCGGCCGCGGCCGCGCUGGCGGCCGCCGCGCCGGCGCCCGCCGCGUACGCGUACUGCGCGCCGUGCGUGGAGGCGCGCGCGCACUACGCCUGCGACGUCUCCAGC